GCUGUCACUCAGCUCUCUGGUUCACCUCCAUCAGACGCACUGAAAACGAACAGGACACCCCUCAGCCAACAUGAACCUUUUCUGCUUUUCACUGGAGGGUUCUAUGGACAGCCUGUAUGAGGCGGUGCAGAGCUCCAGUGACGGUCCACCACCGCCGAUCCCCAGCCGUUCCUCAAGCCGCUCAUGCAGCCGCUCCUGCAGCCGCUCAUGCAGCCCAGCAGUUCUGCUGGACGACAACACAAAGUGGCGAGGCUCUGGAAGAUCUAUUUCUAUGGAGAUGCCUCAGAUGCAGGGGAUCAACUAUAAUCAAAAGAAAAGAAGAACACAUAUAUCCAAAUCAGCAUCAGAUAAUGAAGCACUUGAUAACCCUGGCUGUAAUACUGCUGUUUGGCAACCCGCCAAGAGCCGAGAAGAUUUAGUCCACAUCACCAACAAUCACAAUGAAGAGACGAGGAAGACUAAACACAGAACAGAAACCAAAGAAGGGAAAGGAGCUCAUCAUUCCGGCACAAAGAAAAAGGAGAAACCACCCUCAAGCCAGAGUGUCCAUGCCAACGGCGCGGCGACAGAGUCUAAACCUGUGAAAAGAAGCCAAAAACCCGGAAAGAAAGCAGCUGGAAAGAGUGGGAAAGAGGGAUCAAAGAAAAAUCACAGCUCCAUAGUGCACUCCCCGCCAUGUGCUGUGAGCCCACCCAUGGGACCCCACUAUCUGGAAGUGCCAUACAGGUCAAAUAGGAGGCCAUACCUGGGCAAGUCCUCCACCCUCCCCGCUCAGGAGAACACAACGCCAGGCCGAUGCUCAGACAUGAUCUCCCUCCCUGGUGGAGCAACGCCCACCCACCACCAGAGAUGGAGCAGCCCAGGUGACAGCAGCCCUGCCUGGGGGACCAUCCAGCACACGUGCCGCAGGCCUCUCACAGAAUAUCGAGUGUACUCCCAUGACUUUGCCACACCCCAUGGGAAGGAGUGGGAGGGAAGACAGCAGCAAGGGACGGCCCAGGAUGGGAGCUUGAAACAGGACUGUAAAACCCAGAUUCCCCCAAAGGUGCCGCGAUCUGUCACAGAUGUGGAUCUAUCAGAAUCAGAUCGCUCUACCAGCUUCGGCAGGUUUGAAGGUCUCAGACAUCACUCUUCACUAGCCAAACCAGAGGAAAAUGGAACAACUAUGCUAACAGAAGAGUGUGAGAGUCUGGACCCAAACAAAUCUGCUUCACUUGGGAAGAAGAUGAAGGCAAUUUCACUGACCAUGCGCAGAAAAAUGGGCAAAAAACACGCCAAGUCUUUUUCUGAAGAGACAGGUGAUGACACGGACAAAGAUCCAGAGGCAGAGACAGAGGCUGGCCCUCCGGCUGAGAAAGACUCUGCAAAAACAAGCAACUCUUUAGAGAGUCUCUACAGUGGACAGAGCUCCUCUAGUUCAGGUGGUGUGACCAGUGAGUCCAAUGGUUCCGGUCAGAGAGACAGUCUGAGGCUGGAGGAGGACUGCCCCUAUCAGGGACAGUUCUGUGGCAGAGCUCGUGUCCACACAGACUUUGUUCCCAGCCCGUAUGACACAGAUUCCCUCAAACUCAAGGUUGGUGACAUUAUCAACAUCAUCAGUAAGCCUCCAAUGGGCAUCUGGACAGGCAUGCUGAACAACAAAGUGGGCAACUUCAAGUUCAUCUAUGUGGACGUUUUGGUGGAGAAAGAGGAAGAAGAGGAGGCUCCCAAGAUCAGACAACAGAAGCUGUGCAAGAGACCUCGACCUAAAACACUGCUGGAGUUACUGGAGCGACUGAAUCUCGAGGAGUACGCCUCCGCCUUGCUGCUAAACGGCUACCAGACGGUGGAGGACCUGUUGCACCUGCAGGAGAAACACCUGGUAGAGCUGAAUGUCAAAGACCCCGAGCACAGGCGCAAGCUUCUCGCUGCUGCUGAAUAUCGCUACACAGAAGGUGAUGAUGUCAGGGAGACAGAGGAGCACAAAUCCUCCCACAGACUACAGGAAGAAGACAGCGAUUGUCCCAGAGACUCAGGCUGCUUCAUCCCGUCUGAAUGCUCAGACAGCAAGGAGGACACGGAGCAGCUCACAGACACUGUGGAUUCUUAAAGUGAUUACUUGUCAGAUGGACACUUUGACAUUUGAAAUUCAAAGUUCUUAUGGAGAUUAUCCCUUCAUUUUCUCCAAAUGUCAUGUUGUUAUCCCUUAUUCCACAAGCUAGCCACAAGCUUGCCUAAUGUAGAAGCUUUUCAAAAGUGUAAUAUGUAUAGGAAGAAACAAACAACACAUAUUAUAAAUGUCAUCUUAUCCAUUUGUCACUUUAUCAAGAUAAUAAUCAAGCUGUAAGAUUCUUGAUUUUUUUUUAUUUUAUGUUGUUGUGUGACAUGUCCUUGAUUAAAUGUCACUUGUAUUUAUUGCAUUCUAAAUCAUUCAGUGUUUUCCAUAUAACGCCUUUAUUUAUCAACAUCUGCAUCAUUUUGACCUUCCUCAUCAAAUCCAAUCUCAGCUCAACAUUUCCCCAUGAAUUAUUGAUGAAUUAGGUGAGGGGAUGUUUUUGCAAUGGGUUUAAACAAUGCGUAUUCAAAUACUGCCUAUAAUGUAUACUGUACAGAAAAACUGUUAUUUUCUGAAAGUGUGUGUGUGUGUGUGUGUGUGUGUGUGUGUGUGUGUGUGUGUGUGUGUUUGUGUGUGUGUGUGUGUGUGUGUGUGUGUGUGUGUGAGAGAGAGAGAGAGAUAGCCUGUGUGUGCACUCAUUCAACUGUUUUCACAACUUUUUGUAAAUAAAAUAAAGAAUGACAUACAAUCAAA